AUGGAGCGUCAGCGUGUAGCACUCUACGUCGUCUUCCUGCUCAUACUGCUCUCAUCUGAGUGCUGGUGCAGGAAUGAGGAGGAGCGUCUGAUCAACUACCUGUUCAAAGAGCGAGGCUACAACAAAGAGCUGCGUCCUGCUCAGAGGCAGCAGGAUGCCGUGGACGUCUACCUGGCCCUCACCUUAUCCAACCUCAUCUCUCUGAAAGAAGUUGAUGAGACACUGCUGACAAAUGUGUGGAUAGAUCAUUCGUGGACUGACUACCGCCUGUCCUGGAACGUCACAGAGUUCGACGGCAUCGAGAUGCUUCGCCUGCCAUCCAGUAUGGUGUGGCUGCCUGAGAUAGUUCUGGAAAACAAUAACGACGCCCAGUUCCAGGUGGCCUACUACUGCAAUGUUCUGGUGGAUUCUAAUGGUUUUUGCUACUGGUUACCUCCUGCCAUUUUCCGCUCUUCUUGCUCCAUCAACGUCAACUAUUUCCCCUUCGACUGGCAGAACUGCACCCUCAAAUUCACCUCUCUGACCUACAAUGCUAAAGAGAUCAGGAUGCUCCUAAAAGAAGACAUGGAUGAGACCAGCAAAUGGACAGUGGAGUAUAUUAUCAUUGACCCUGCAGGAUGGACCGAGAACGGUGAGUGGGAGGUGAUCCACCGGCCGGCCAAGAGAAACACCUACAAACACAUUCCCAUGGAGAGCAACAAGCACCAGGACAUCACCUUCUACCUCAUCAUCAAACGCAAACCACUGUUCUACAUCGUCAACAUCAUCAUCCCCUGUGUGCUCAUCUCCUUCCUUGCCUCGCUCGUUUACUACCUGCCUGCAGACAGCGGUGAGAAGAUGACGCUGUCCAUCUCAGUGCUGUUGGCUCAGUCUGUGUUCCUGCUGCUGAUCUCUCAGCGACUCCCAGAGACCUCCAUGUCUGUACCGCUGAUUGUCAAGUAUCUGAUGUUCAUCAUGGUGUUGGUGACGGUGGUGGUAUUAAAUUGUGUGGUCGUUCUAAACCUACACUUCAGGACUCCGAGCACACAUGUCAUGUCUGAAUGGACCAAGAGGUUUUUCCUUGAGCGUCUCCCUCGUAUCCUGCGUAUGUCUCGCCCUGAAGAGUCUGAGCCAUACUGGGAUGGGGCGUUGCCACGGCGAUCCAGCUCAGUGGGCUACAUCGCCAAGGCAGAGGAGUAUUACAGUGUCAAGUCGCGCAGCGAGUUGAUGUUUGAGAAGCAGUCGGUGAGACACGGACUGAUGGCCAGACCCACACACGCUGCAGAGGUGAAGCCACAGGGAGAUGGAGGUGAGACGGAGCAGCUGUAUGCAGAGAUCAAACCUGCCGUAGAUGGAGCCAACUUCAUCAUCAAACACAUGCGUAACAAGAACGACUACAACGAGGAGAAGGAUAACUGGAGUGGUAUUGCCCGUACUGUGGACCGCCUCUGUCUGUUCCUGGUUACCCCGGUGAUGACCCUCGGCACCAUCAUCAUCUUCCUGAUGGGAAUCUGCAACCACCCUCCGUCUCUGCCGUUCCAAGGAGAUCCACACAACUACAGAGACGACAACGUACGCCUGCUGUGACAGGAAUACACUGGAAAACAUGUCUGCUGCAGUUAUUUGAUUUUCAGAUAUGUAGCUACUCUAUGUGUGUCUUUAAUUUGAAGUGGAAAAAACUACAUAUUUUACUUGUGUCUGUUUGGUCUGAAUAAACAUUUA